CCGCCCAUAGGGACGAGCCGGGGGCCGGCCGACACCUGCCGCGGCCGCAGAGCCGCCGCUCCUGCUGGCCUCUUGCGUCCUUCCCGGCCGCGGCAAUGGAGCCGUAGGGGCGACCGCUCUUCCCCUGGGGGUAAGGAGAGCGCUCCCGCAGGCGGCGGGCAGGAGCCCGAGAUGGCGGACAGCGCCGCGGCCACCGCCGCCCCCCGCGCCGGCGUCAAGGGCGGCUCGGCGGGGCCCUGGUGGAAGUCGCUGACCAGCAAGAAGAAGCACAAGGAAGCGGCGGCCGGGCCGCCGCCCCCCGCCGCCGCCAGCGACGCCCCCGCCGAACCCCCCAACCCCGGCGGCAGGGAGGAGCAGUCGGUCCCGUUCGGCAGCGGCGAGGCCGCGGCGGCGGGCGGUGGCAACCGGCGGAGCCUCCGCGUCUCGCACUCGGGCCGCUUCAAGGAGAGGCGGAAGGUGCGCACCUCACUGCUGGCCGACAGCCCCGACGUGUUCGACGGCGGCGGUGCCGCGGGCCAUGCCGCCCAAGGGGGCGAGUAGCCCAGGGACGGUUUUGCCCCGGAACAGCCACUGGACAGGGGGCCGGAGCCCGCGGCUGCCCCACAGCCCAGGUUGGCCUCGCUUGGCCGCGUUGGCAACGUGGAGCGGCCCCCCCGGGCCUGACCAGACACUGUGGGGAGCCCAGCACCUCAUGUGGACAAGUGAAUCGCAUGCAGUGUCACGCCAACACCGCCAAGACCAAAGCCCCAGGUGACGGGACGCUGUGAUUGUCUUAAAAUAACACCAAUAAACACCCCACUCCUUGCA